AUGCUGCCCGAGCUGGAGGGGCUGCUGCUGCAGCAGCACAGCACCUCGGAGGUGCCGCCGCCAUCGUCGGGCGUGCUGACCCGCCAGCGCUUGCAGCGCCAGUCCAGCCUGGACCUGCCGCCGCUGCCCCCCACGCAACAGCGCGAUGAAGGGCUGGGGCUGGCCCGCCAGCUCAGCCUAUCGGCGCCAGCGGCGAGCGCGGCAGGCUCGCAGGCUCCAGCAAACGGCGGCGCCCGCAAGCGCGCCGCCGGAGGGCGUCCCAAGGCUGCCAAGGUGGAUCUCGCCUCGCUGCCAGACGAGGAGCGCAGGCUGGAGCAGCGCAAGGAGAAGAACCGCGCGACGGCGGCGGCCUCCAGGCAGCGACGCCUGGACCGUGUGGCUGCCCUGGAGGCGCGCGUCGCGGAGCUGGAGGGGGAGAACGAUGCGCUGCGGCGCCUGCUGGCCGCCCACAGCAUACAGGCGCCUGCGCCCGCUGGCUCUGCCGACCAACGCCAGCCUGGAGCCCCUCUGCCCAGCUGUGAUGCUGACACAACCUCUGGACCCGCACCAGCGCCGCUCGGUCCCUCAGAGCAGGUCUGCCAGGCGGCCGCCUUCAUGGCACUGUCCCGCCACACCUCGCUGCCCGGCGGCGGCGCCGCGCCUGCCUCCGCAGCCCAUGUGCCAGCAGCUCCCGCAGUACCGCCCGCAUCACACGUGUCGGCCCUGGCCGUCUCGGCAGCUGCGGCGGCCGCUGCGUCGGACCUGGCGGCAGAGCUGGGGCUGGGCCCUGUGGCGGCUCCCGGGCUGGGCCCCCUGGACCAGCAGCAGCCCUUCCACCAGCCGCAGCCGUCAACGGCGGUCACGGCACCGGCAGCGGCGGCAGUCGAUGAGGAGGCUGACACCUGCAGCAUCAACUCCCCGCUGCCCCAGGCCCCGCAUGGGCUGGCCGGUGGCGUGCUGCUGUGGCCGCGGCAGGGCGAGGCGCCGGGGCAUGCGCUGCCACAGCCUCUUCAGCCCACACUGGGCGCCAGCGCGGCAAUCAGGGCAGGGGACGUUGAGGCAGAGGCCGCUCAGCGCCGUGGCGCCGCAGCUGCCGUGCUGGCUGCGAUGGGUCGGGAGCAGAAGGCGCAGUUCCUGCAGCGCCUGCAGCAGCUGCGCCCAGAGCUGUCAGGCCUGGCGGGCAGCCUGCUGACUUCACUGACGGCGCCUCAGGCUAAACAUAUGGCGCAACAGGCUGGCGACGAUGGAACCGCCGGUAUGGAUGCUGCACCUGCCGCUGGCUGGCCCGUCGCCGCCGUUGCUCAAGAGCACGAGCUGCUGUCACAGGCGGCCGCAGCUGCCGCUGCGGGCGGCAUCGCUGGCUGGCAGUUGGGCUUGGGAUCCUUGCCUCUGGCUGCGGCACUUGCCACCCCUCCCGGGGCUCGCACCGGCCUGACGCCACCUCGGCUGUCAGCGGGUGCUGCCGCCGCCCUGCUCGCCUCCCCCCAGCCGCUGCUCAACCUGUUCAGCCCCUGA